UGACGGAAAAUAGCAGAACUAAGAAGUCGAUGAAAAAUAAUUGAAAGCUUAUUGCUAAUUUCACAUUGCAGUAAAAUUUUCAUUGGAAAAUUUCAAAAAUAACAAAAAAAUGGCCUCGUUGUGUGGCAGACUGGCAGUGAACGCUGUAAGACGUAAUGUUUCAAAUACAAUUUUCAGAGCCUACGCCUCAAAUAAAGUAACUUUGGGAGACCCUCUUGAACAUGCCACUGGUUUGGAGAAACGUGAAUUAUUAGCUAAAGCUGCAGGAAAUCCUAACCCCUUCGAUCUUCGUGUUAUUAAACAAGGCCCAGGUACCAGAGAACGUCCAACUGAAAUUCCCUCUGCCUUCGAUGCAAGGAUUGUUGGAUGCAUUUGCGAGGAAGAAGCAGCGUACGUUAACUGGAUGUGGUUAUACAAAGGUCAACCUAAGAGGUGCGAAUGCGGACACUGGUACACUCUUGUUCACAAGGCACCUGUAUAAAUAGUGUCCAAUUAUUAAAUAGACUUUAUAGAUCAUAAUUUAAUUACCAAUUUUGUUCCAACAUCCAGUUGUUCAAUGUUGUAUUAAAUCCUGUUUUUGGAAGUAUCAUUGAGUACCGAAUAAAUCCUGAAUAGUCUUCUUCACACAAGA